UGGGAAUGAUCUUCUUUUGAAGUGUAUGUUUGGUCAAACGUUACCAAAGACAACAAGAGUUUGGUGGACAAAAUUACACAAUGGACGCUUUGAUAUUUUUCCAGAGUCAGAUGAAAAGAAAUAUUACGGAGGUGCAUUUAAAAACCUUAGUCUUGAAAUUAUUAAUGCAACCAAAAGUGAUUCUGGUGAAUAUAGAUGUAAUGGUCAGAACACAAAUGGUCAAAACUUUGUAGCCACGCAGCUAAUGAUCGGAAAUAUACCGCGACCUCCUAAAAUGGAAAGAUCCAUCUACACUGUUCGGGAAGGAAUGAAUGUGACUUUGUCCUGUACUCCUGGUGUUUCAACGACCAAUAUAACAUCCAUAUGGUGGGAAAAGAAGUGGGUCAAUACACAGUUUGUCUUUAUUGGUCAUAAUAUGAAUAAGUACAGCGGUGGAAACUUGUCAAUACCAAAUUUGACAAUAAAAAAAGUCUAUCAACAAGACCAAGCAGUUUACAGAUGCAACGUGGCUAAUAUGUUUGGAACCUCAUAUAUGGAUACGGAAGUUGUAAUAGGAAGCCCUCCAUCGGUGAGCGUUCCUAAAAGAAACUAUCAAACUGUAAGAGGAAGCCCGAUUAAAUUAGACUGUUAUUUUGACAAUGCUGAUAAAGUCUGGUGGAAACGAGUAAAAAACGGACAGGAGCAACCAGUAGAUACUGCCAGGACUUCCGGAGAAUUAACUAAGUCAUUGAUUAUACAGAAUGUAGAAAAGCAGGAUGAUGGGGAGUAUAGAUGCUAUGGAUCAAACGAUAUUGAAAAAGCAAGCGGUACUAUAACUAUAUCAUCUGGAUAUCCUCCAGCAGUUAAUAUCAGCCAGGAAUGCUAUGUCCUUAGAGUAGGAGAUAACGUGACGAUUAAUGUAAUAGUUAAGAAUGCUCCCCCGGGUUCCACAAUAAAUUGGAGACAGGGGAGAAACAAUAUAUAUAAAAGUCAUCGUCAAACAAUUGGAGAACUACGUAACCCAUUCCUCAUAAUUAGAAAUGUCGAACUAAAGGAUGCAGGGAAUUAUACUCUCUUUGUCCAAAAUACAUAUGGAAGCCAUUCCAAUUUCACCGUGCUGACAGUGAUAUCUGCUACAAUUAACGGAAACAAAGGUUACCGUAAAUUAACAAAAACGGCAAAUGAUUCAGUUACAAUAGAAUGUAAAGUUUCUGGUGGAAGUAGGGUAAUAUGGCGACAGAAUGGUAAAAAGCUGGAAGGAGCUAAUCAGCUAUCACUGCAAAUCAAUAACAUAAAUCGUUUACAUAAAGGAAAUUAUACAUGUGAAACAAGAUUGGAAACGGUGACUGCAAAGAGCAGCAAACUACAGCUUGAUGUCAAAGACAUACCUCUUGUGUUUACGACAAGGAAAAAGUUCGAGGUUAAUAAAGGAGUUGAUGCAGUACUUCCUUGUUCUCAUGACUCUUAUCCAACACCGAAAAAUGUUUAUUGGAUAAGGAAUGGUGUAAACAUUUCUGCGUAUAGUUCGAUGAAAUAUAAUGGCAGUACCAUUGGAUCUCCUGCAUUAGUUAUUUAUGAAACUGCAGAGAGUGAUUCCGGGACUUAUGUUUGUUCAGUGUCCAAUUCCAUUGGCACUGGAUACAGUAAACCACUUCAACUUCUAAUAAGAGAGCCAGAAAAACUGACUUCCUCAGCAGGGGCAGUAACUGGAGGUGUUGUAGCCAUUGUUGUUAUCAUUGCUGGCAUUGCCGUUUUUAUCUGGAGGCGGAGACUUUCAUCAUAUGUAAAGAACAGAAAACCUAAAUUUGGUACAAGAAAAAGAAAUAGAGACACAGUUACAAUGCAUCAAGGACGAGAUGACAGUGGAGAUGGACUGCAUUUAAAUUUAAGGACGAUGUCUUCUAUCGCUGCUAAUGGCGAUGAAUUAUUCACUAAACCCGUAGUAACAGCUGAUGUCGAAUGUCAUAAUGUAUCAGAUGUAACUCGUACAUGUAUCAGGGUGGAAGACCUAAAAAAGUAUAUUCAGAAAAGACAAAGACACGGAGAACUUGAAGACGAAUAUAAGAGCAUACCGAACGUAGCAGAACAUCCUACUACACAUGCACUGUCAAAGGGUAAUAUGCCGAAAAACAGAUUUAAAACAACAUUACCAUAUGACCACACAAGAGUGAUAUUACAAUCCGGUGGAGGAUCUGAUUAUAUUAAUGCAAACUAUAUUGAUGGGUUUGAAAAGGAAAGAUGCUACAUUGCGUGUCAAGGUCCGAUCAAAACUACAGUGGGGGAUCACUGGAAAAUGAUAUGGCAGGAAAAUAUUUAUCAAAUUGUAAUGUUAACAAAUUUGGUAGACGGUAUUAAGAAUAAAUGUGAACAAUACUGGCCUGCUGGGGACAAACAAAUGGUCCAAGGAAAUCUGAUUCUUCGUCUGAACGUUGAAAAGAAAAGAACGGCAUAUGUCACAAGAGAAAUAACAAUUGAAGAAAAAAAGAGUGGCAAAAAACGUAAAGUGACUCAGUACCAUUUCGCAGCUUGGCCAGAUCAUGGAACUCCAGAUCCUUUGUAUCUUGUAUUGUUUCACAGACAUGUGAUAUCUGAUACCAAAGCUGGACAUUCAGGACCUUUGUUGGUUCAUUGCAGUGCUGGUAUUGGAAGAACAGGAACUUACAUUGCCCUUGAUGCUCUUUUGGAUGAAGGGCGUACUACAAAGUUUCUUGAUAUUUUUAAAUUUCUGAAGAAAAUGAGAUACAGUCGAAUGAAAAUGAUUCAAACCUCUGAUCAGUACGUGUGUUUACACUAUGCUCUACUUGAAGCUUUCACCAUGAAAGAAACAAAGAUUCGAAAAGACAUGUUCAGUGAAGUGUGGCAGAGUAUACUGACUGAUCACAGACCACUAAAUCAUCAAAGGCUUAACAAAGAAUUUAAGGAACUCCAACAGCAUGUAGGAGAUAUAAAGGGGCUAUCAUCUUCAAUGCUCAAUGCGACGAAGGAUGAUAAUAACCAAAACCAAUAUAAUGCUGCAAUGAGUACAACAAACUUAGCGAAAAACAGAAACAAAGAUGUUCUACCCAUGGAUGAUAAGCGAGUUUUUCUCGUAUCCCAUGGAAAAGAAAGAUCAGAUUAUAUUAAUGCAGUACAAGUGCCUUCUUACACAAAGUUUGUUGGAUACAUUACCACACAGCUACCAUUACCAGAUACUACGGUAGAUUUCUGGACAAUGAUACGGGACCACAGCUCUUCGACCAUUGUACUGAUUAUUAACAACAAAAAAGAGGCUGACUUGGUGUACUCACAAUCGGGCGAUACUUUUACCAUUGGUCAAUUCAGUAUAAAAAUAUCGACACGAGAAGAGGGCGAAAACGACAUCACAAAGGCAACCAUGGUUCUCUAUAAAAAGAAUGACAAACCGAGACAAGUGGUACUGUUGCAAGUCGUAUGUAACAAAAUACCUGACCCCGUUGCACUCUGUAAACUUGCCGACCUUAUUUCAACACGUGUAGCUAUGUCAAAUGAUCCGGUAACAGUUGUAAGCAGUGACGGCGCCAAGAAUUGUGGACUGUUCUGUGCUUUCACUAAUGCCGUUUCCAGUAUGCAGAUUGAUAACAAUGCAGAUAUCUUCCAACUUGUGAGACUUCUACAAUUGAGACGUCCCGGGUUCUUCACAGACUUUGAGGAAUACAAAAGAUGUUAUGAAGCUUUGCAUGUUCACCUGGAAUCUGCAAAUGUUUAUGCAAAUUUUUAAUGGUAAAUAAAUGAAUAUAAAGACGGAGAAGGAAACAUAGUGUGCUGUUUCAUUAUCAAUGAUCUAUUUGUAAAUAUUGCUGCAUAAAUUCUGCUCAUAUUGUUUUUCUACAGCUCGAAGGUUCACAAACUUUGGUGUCAACACAAUUUUUCAUCUAUCAAGAAUUGUGUUAUUCUCAUUCGAAUGUUUUAUACUCAAUAUUUUUUAUUUAUUUUAGUCUUAAUGAUAAUUUUGUUAAUCAUGAUGCAUGUAAACUAUACAUUUUAUUCUCUAAAAUUUAAAGUAAUUAUAUCCCCAACUCAAUAUUUAACUGACAAAUUGGAAGUACUAGUCAAAUCGAUUAUUAAGCUUAUGCUAUUGUAGACUCUUCAAGGUUAUCGUCAACUCUUCAAGGUUAUCAUAAACUGUUCAAGGUUUUUGUAGAUUAUUUAAGAUUAUCGUAAACUCUUUACGGUUACAAUAGACUCUUCAAGGUUAUCGUCGACUCUUCAAGGUUAUCAUAAACUCUUCAAGGUUUUUGUAGAUUAUUCAAGGUUAUCGUAAACUCUUCACGGUUACAGUAGACUCUUCAAUGUUAUCCGUAGACUCUUCAAAGUUAUCGUAGACUAUUCAAGGUUUCCGUAGACUAUUUAAGGUUAUCGAAGACUCUUUAGGUUACCGUAGAUUAUUCACGGGUAUUGAGUUUUUUAUCGUAGACUCUUCAAGGUUAUCAUAAACUCUUCAAUGUUUUCGUAGACUGUAUAAGGUUAUCAUAGACUUUACGGUUAUCUUAGACUCUUCAAAUGUAUCGAAGACUCUUCAAGGUUAUCGUAAACUUUUCAAGGUUAUUGUAGACUCUUCGAGGUUAUCUUAGACUAUUUAAGGUUUUCGUAGAUUACUUAAGGUUAUGGUACACUCUUCAAGGUUAUCGAAGACUUUUCAAGGUUAUCGUAUACUAUUCAAGGUUUUCGUAGACUCUUCGGGGUUAUCGAAGGUUAUCAGAAACUCUUCUUGUUUUCGUAGACUAUUGAAGGUUGUUAAAAAAGAUCGUUAGUCGUUGUUACUUUUUUUUAAUAAUAUCUAUACCCAUUGUCGAUGUAACGAUUUAUCCACAAUACAAAAAAAUCAAUGUGUAUGUAAAUAUGUAAUAGAGAUCUCAUUUUUAUCCUUCAUUAAGUUUGAUUUCGCUUAGAGUAAACUGUAAAAUACGCGGCUAAUUUUUAAAUAUUUUUCUAGAACAUUAUUUAGUAUAAUCGAAUACGCUAGAUCUAUACCACCAUUUUUUGCUUAAAAAAGCUACAUUACUGUACAUAUCUUACAAUGAAGGACAAUAGUAUACACCUAUUGACUGGGUGUGAGGGUAAUAGCAAGUUUGUUGUCCCUGAGAUACCAACUAUUGCUCGAGGCAAAGCCGAGAGCAAUAGUUGGUAUGCGAAGGGACUACAAACUUGCUAUUACCCGCACAACCAGUCAUUAGGUGUUUUAUUAUACUGAACAACACAGUCAUUAAGUGUUUUUAUAUACCAAAUUAACUAAUUUUCUAAAAGUGUACAUAUAUCAUCUGAAAGAAAAGAAAAAAAUGUCACAUAACUUGACAUGCACAAGAUGAACUAUACGGUUUUUUUUAUAGUUCUUCUUGUAUUUGUAAAUAUUUCAAUAAUUGCAAUCAAGACUAGAAAUACUUGUGUUAAAUUUUUCGUGCAUAUGAUAAAUUUAAGUUUAAGUACACCAAACGCAAAUUCGCUUUUAGAAUACGACGACCGAACCCAUAUUAUGAAUAAGGUACUAUAUUUUAGAUCUUUAAAAAAUGCGCGCGAAGAUUUUCUCUCUUUUAUAAUUGCUUCUUGUAAGUGAAAUUACAAUCGACACAAACAGAUUAUACCGUUUACAAUAUUAGAGUUUGACGUUGCCAAGCAAAAUAGUCAAUGACAUCAUUAUUGUCCAAUGAAAAUAAGCAUGAAAAAGUACGGGAAAGAUGAUUAUGAAACUAUUAACCGGGGUAAUAGUCUUUGAAACUAUUAACUGGCAAAUAGUCUGUGGAAUGAAAUAGCACAACUAUUUCAUUAUUUUUUAUACAGAAAAAACAUACUGAGGUAUAAUAAUAUUUGUCUAACACAUACUACUUUAUUACAUAGCUAUUUAUUUGGCCUUAUUUAUAUCCUGAUUUCCUUAAACAUAUUUUAAUCAUCUAUUAAAUCCAAGUAAUUUAUAUACUUCUUAUAUCCUUUAAAUGCUGUGGUCUUUAUAAGAAGUCGGUUAAGGGGAUCCAAUAUUCAGUCUGAUCUGCCAUUUUGACAGCUUACUCAACACAUCUAAGAAUUGAACACCUUGAAAGUAACGUGGAAUUUAUUUGCUUUGCCUUCACGUUUUAGCAACUAUUACGAUUUCUCAGUAUAACUUAAUAUAAAUGAAUGGCAUAGUUUUUGUAAACAUAUGAGCAGAUAAACAUUCUAAUACUCAUUAGCUCUUAUUGGUUAUCGGUAAAUGUUAACGGUUGGUUUACUUAGAAAAAUCUUUGCUUGACUACUAAAGACAAGUGAGUGAGAAUUUGUUUAAAUUCCUUUUUUAGUGAAAGACUGUUGCACUUGCAAUAAAAUCAUGUUUUAUUCCAUUGGCAUCUUUUGAAAGAUAACUUUACUACAUUUUGUAUUUUACAAAUUUUAAAUAUUUUACGACAAUAGCCGAUUAAUUACUUAUGGUAUCUACGAAUCAGACAUACUCCGAUGGAUAGACAAUUCAUAACAAGCCAUGAAACCAUAGUCUUGUUCAUGUUGUUUUCGGUUCUUGACAUGACUUAAUCACCAGUUAUAGAGUCAAACUCUAGGGGCUGUAAUUAUGUUACCGUAAUGUGUUUUUUUUUAGUACUGAGAUAUGAGCUGUUAUGUUCAAUAUAGUUCCUAAAUGCCUGUAUUGUUGAUACUUAUGUUUCUAAAUGUAUCUUGUGUAUGGAUUAUAUAAUUGUAUCUAUGACCGCAUUUAAUUAUAUUUCUUGCUUUUCAUCAAUUUGAGAAUUUCUUUAAUUUCGUUUUCUUUCAUUUUGGAUAGUUUUAAAUAAAAUUUGCUUUCGCUUA